CUUUUCUUGUUCAUUUGAUAGAAGUUACUUCAUUGAAACAAUGGCUUUGCCUUUUUCCUCCAGCGAACAGAAAAAUCUAGUGGCUACGUUAAUCGGCUUGUUGUGACUUGUCUAAGAAGUGGACUUAAUCGAUUAUUUCGAGUUCUACAGAAGCCAGAACGAACACCGAUAAGAGCUCUAAGAGCCUCCUCUUCUGGAAGGUGUGUGUGUAUGCAUUAUUUGUGGUGCACAUAAUCUAUUUUAUGGGGAGACUACAUGCUUUCUUUGACAUCUACUGGAUAAUCUAGAAGAAGUAGUUUUGGCGUGCCUAUAAGGAAUCACAUUGUGAUUUGGGAGUAUACUAGGUUGUCUGUAUCCAUCGCGGAACUAGAUACUUGAUCCUUGACAGACGGGAAGGAUGGUUACUCCAAUGUGAAUGCUAAUCUACUGAGGGUUUAUCCUUAUCUAUAAUCACUGCGCUAUAUUUAAAUGGAAUGUUUCCAUUGGGCUUGAUUGUUCAGGUUUCACCUAUUACUUGCUUUAAGCAUCUUAAUUUUUAAGAAGUUAACAUGUUAGUUUCUGUAUAUUGAACAAUAUUUGCCUUGUUCUUGCUAAUUAUAUUUCUCAAGCACUGCACACAUGUUCUCAUAGUUUCCAAAAACAAUUUAUGUACCUUCUAAUAUUGUUUCGUGAUGCACCUGUAGAAGUUUGGGCAAUGGCAAAGACUCUUGUUAUGCUUAGAUCAAUAGCUCUGCCAUUCACGGUAGUGGAGUGGAGUUUUCAAACAGUCCCCCGUCCGUCAUCUAAAGAUCGUACAACAGCAUCUGUGGAGACAUCUUCGCCAAAGGCAUCUCCUUUGGACUCUAAAUCUGGCACUGAUGGACCACAAAAUGAAUUUUCAGAAUGNACACUAACAUUCAACAAGUUGGUGAGAUGAAAGUCAUGAACCUGAUCAAGAUAAUACAUAGAAAUAAUAUAACUACAUAAGCAAGUUGUUGAUCAAUUGGACUUUAAGGAUGGAAUUGCUGCAAUUAAUGCGAUUAUAUCAUAAUAUUUUUGGUGUGUGGUUUUUGGUGAUGAUCUCAUGAUUGAUAACCUUGUGCAGUUAUUUCCAUUUCAACGUCAAAUCUAUCAAGGAGUGAGAAGUUUAUUUUGGGAUGGAAGGAGUACUCCACUUAUUUUAUCUAAAUACAGUUAUCUUAAUUAGUAUGCAUGUUUAGCAAUGCAUUAGUUACUCGCUAAUUACAACUUGGCUUCAGUAACCAAGUGAUUCGACUCUAGUGAUGGCGGGGCUUUGGAAACUUCUGCAUUGACUUGUGCGAGGCGCAUCUUCUAACUUCCUAUUUGGAUGGACACAUUAUUUUCUUCAUCUCUCAUUUGAUUUCUACGUGAAACAACCCCUCUAACCUAUAGGGUUGGUUUGAUUGGAGGGGAGGGAAAAUGCAUCUUUCUCCUCAUUUGGUUUUAAAAUAGUGGAUGGGAGGGAACCUAAGUUUUUGGCUCUCAUUCCCUCACUCCCCCCCCUUCCUUCCUCCCAAAUCGGAGGGAUUGAGUUUGUUGCUAUGUCACACAAUUAAUUGUUCUCCCAUUUUUAUUCUUUCCAACACUAAUACUCCGUUAACAGAGGCAAUAAAACAGGGAUCUGUUU